UGGUCGGCCACAGUCGGCGGCGCCGACAUUUCUGUGCUUCUCCGGAUCCGGACUCGGGCGCCUGCCAACUGCGGCCGCUUGGCCCUCGGCAGCCAUGGCGCUGAAGGACUACGCGCUCGAGAGAGAAAAGGUGAAGAAGUUUCUGCAAGAGUUUUACCAGGAUGAGGAGUUGGGGAAGAAGCGGUUCAAGUACGGGGACCAGUUGGUGCGCCUGGCUCACCGGGAGCAAGUGGCGCUGUAUGUGGACCUGGAUGAUGUUGCCGAGGAUGACCCCGAGCUUGUGGACUCGAUCUGUGAGAAUGCCAAGCGCUACUCCAGGCUCUUUGCCGAUGCCGUGCAGGAGCUGCUGCCCCAGUACAAGACCAGAGAGGUGGUAAACAAAGAUGUCCUGGAUGUUUACAUCGAGCACCGGCUGAUGAUGGAGCAGCGGAGCCGGGAUCCCGGGGCUGCCCGGAGCCCCCAGAACCAGUACCCUGCUGAGCUCAUGCGCAGAUUUGAGUUGUAUUUCCAGGGUCCCAGCAGCAAUAAGCCUCGUGUGAUCCGGGAGGUGAGGGCGGACUCCAUAGGAAAAUUGGUAACCGUGCGUGGCAUCGUCACUCGUGUGUCUGAAGUCAAGCCCAGGAUGGUGGUGGCAACUUACACUUGCGACCAGUGUGGGGCAGAGACCUACCAGCCGAUCCAGUCUCCCACUUUCAUGCCUCUGAUCAUGUGCCCAAGCCAGGAGUGCCAGACCAACCGCUCAGGCGGGCGGUUGUAUUUGCAGACACGCGGCUCCAAAUUCAUCAAGUUCCAGGAGAUGAAAAUGCAGGAACAUAGUGACCAAGUGCCUGUGGGAAAUAUCCCUCGGAGCAUCACAGUGCUGGUCGAAGGAGAGAACACCAGGAUUGCCCAGCCUGGAGACCACGUCAGUGUCACCGGUAUCUUCCUGCCGCUCCUGCGCACUGGGUUCCAGCAGAUGGUACAGGGUCUACUCUCGGAGACCUACCUAGAGGCCCAUCGGAUUGUGAAGAUGAAUAAGAGUGAGGAUGAUGAGUCUGGGGCUGGAGAGCUGAGCAGAGAGGAGCUGAGGCAGAUUGCAGAGGAGGAUUUCUAUGAAAAGCUGGCAGCGUCCAUCGCCCCCGAGAUCUAUGGGCAUGAGGACGUGAAGAAGGCGCUAUUGCUCCUGCUGGUGGGAGGUGUGGACCAGUCUCCUCGAGGAAUGAAAAUCAGAGGCAAUAUCAAUAUCUGCCUGAUGGGGGAUCCUGGUGUGGCCAAGUCACAGCUCCUGUCUUACAUUGACCGCCUGGCCCCCCGCAGCCAGUAUACAACAGGCCGAGGCUCUUCCGGAGUGGGGCUCACGGCAGCUGUGCUGAGAGACUCUGUAACUGGGGAGCUGACCCUGGAGGGCGGGGCCCUCGUGCUAGCCGACCAGGGAGUAUGCUGCAUUGAUGAGUUUGACAAGAUGGCUGAGGCCGACCGCACAGCCAUCCACGAGGUCAUGGAGCAACAGACCAUCUCCAUCGCCAAGGCGGGCAUCCUCACGACACUCAACGCCCGCUGCUCCAUCCUGGCGGCUGCCAACCCUGCUUAUGGGCGCUACAACCCCCGCCGCAGCCUGGAGCAGAACAUCCAGCUCCCUGCUGCGUUGCUCUCCCGGUUUGACCUCCUCUGGCUGAUCCAAGACCGUCCUGACCGAGACAAUGACCUCCGCUUGGCCCAGCACAUCACCUACGUGCACCAGCACAGCCGGCAGCCCCCUGCCCAGUUCGAGCCUUUGGACAUGAAGCUUAUGAGGCGUUACAUCGCUAUGUGCCGGGAGAAGCAGCCCACGGUCCCAGAGUCUCUGGCUGACUACAUCACGGCAGCGUAUGUGGAGAUGAGGCGAGAGGCCUGGGCCAGCAAGGAUGCCACAUACACAUCCGCCCGGACGCUGCUGGCCAUUCUCCGACUUUCCACUGCUCUGGCGCGUCUCAGGAUGGUAGACACAGUGGAGAAGGAAGAUGUGAAUGAAGCCAUAAGGCUGAUGGAGAUGUCCAAAGACUCACUGCUGGGUGACAAGGGGCAGACAGCCAGGACCCAGAGGCCAGCAGAUGUAAUAUUUGCCACUGUCCGCGAACUGGUCUCAGGGGCCCGAAGUGUCCGGUAUUCAGAGGCGGAACAGCGCUGCAUCUCGCGUGGCUUCACACCUGCCCAGUUCCAGGCAGCUCUGGACGAGUAUGAGGAGCUCAAUGUCUGGCAGGUCAAUGCUUCCCGGACACGGAUCACUUUUGUCUGACUCCAGCAAUGGCUGCAGUCCUUGGGACCAUCGCUAUUUACGGCUGACCUCCCCUCUGGAGGGGCUCCUCCUGCCCCUCCUGUACUGCACUUGUUUUUUCUUUUAAUAAAAUGUGUGUGGAUUGCU